AUGUCCGCAGAUGCUGGCGCAAGCGGGAAAACAGCCCCCACCACGAUAAGCAGCACAGACGGCGGCCCCAAUGGCCAUGCGGCCGAAUCUGGCGAUGCCGUGUCGCUGCCCCUCAGGACCGACAGCGGCAAGUCCAGCCUGCCACCACCAGGGCAGACGCUCACCGGCAAGCAGGAGCAUUAUCUGAAGAGGGAGCUCAUUUCGGAGCAGGUGCGCUGGGAGAUCAGCGAGCUCAACUCGCCCACCGCCCUCCGGCGGUUCGGCGCGCCGUUCAAGUCAGACCUGGGCGAGGUCACCCCCUACGACUCCGAAUUACCGAUUCUUCGAUUCAUCUUUGUCCACCAUGUCCGCGAGUUCCCGUUCCUCGACAAGGCCAGGGAGAAGGAGUUCUGGCAGGAUAAGCUACAGGUCUUUCUCGAGUCCUUUGCCAGCAAGAACAUAUCCUCCUCGGAGGACCGUCUCGAAGAGACUAAGCGUCGCAAACUCGCCCUAAAGAGCCAGAAGCUCGUGGAGCUUAUGAUGGUCUCGGGCAUCCCCACCUCGUCUGGCUUCGAGGAGAGGAUUCGCUUCUCUGAGAUGGAGGUCGUGGACAGGGACGCCAUCGCCACCGGUGUCCUUCAUACGCAGCCCGAGGGCAACUACAUUAAUGGCUGGGACGUGAAUAUGGCCGGUGUGCGCGUGACGAAGGUCAGGGGGAACAUUAGGUCUCAUAAGCACGCUGAAUUCCUGCUGCGCGUCAAGAAGAAGGGAGAGAUGGAGUAUUUCGUUGGCCGCCGCUAUGGGGACUUCAGCCGCCUUCACAAAACCUUGCGUACCGAACUGCCGGGCAGGGUCUUGCCACCGUUGCCCAAGAAGAAUAAGUCCAGUUCCACCGCUACGGGCAUUUUCAGCUCGGGUGGCGGCGACUCGGAUGAUGAUUCUGUCUCAUCCGCAUCUACUCAAAAAACAGGUCUCGCCCCUAAGAACGGAGAAGAUGCCAGCAACAAGAGGCUGUCGGUGAGAGAUGCCCUGGGUCACAGGAGAAAAGGCUCAGCUGCCUCUUCCCUCAGGGGAUCACCUAGGCCCUCAGUGGAUGGCAGACCAGUGACGCCCCUCAGCCCGGGCAAGACAGAAAACGUGGUUUUGUUCCGAGAGAGCCAACGGAUAUCGCUGAGGUCUUUCCUACGCUCCCUUUUGCAGAAUCAGCAGAUUGCGCAGACCAAGGCUAUGCAGGAAUUCCUCACCCGGGAUCCCAUCAAGCUCAGCGACGAGGACGUGGAAGAUAUCAUGAAGCGCAAAGGCGUCGAUGCAAAACGUAUGGAAGAGCAAAAGCAAUUCUACGAGAUCGCAAGAAAGCGUGCAGCAGAACUGGACAUCUACAUGGAACAGUUCCGCCAAGAGAUCGUGGACGCCAACGGUCUUACGAAACUUUUCCAGGAGAUCAAGGAUAAAGAGACAAUCCAGGACCUCAGCGUUCAGUAUCAGAAAUUCGCCGAGUGGCUGCGGAUAGAAGUCGCAGCUACAAUUUAUCACUUGUUCUUGGCAGAAGACAAUUCUCCUGAAUUGUUCACACAGGCGAAGAGGAUACAUUCUCUCAUUCCCUACACAAUCAUCAAGAACAUCAUCCGGAUAGCAAACCCCGCGGCAGUAAUGUCAAGCAUUUUGGACGUGUUCCUCGCGCAACCAUUCGGAGCCAAGUCAUUGAUGCAGAGGAUUUUCUCCCUGGCGUUGCACGAUGGCAUCAAGAGCUUCCAAAAGUCCAUAGAUGCAGUCGCAGCAAAAAUCAGCGAUGAUGUGUUUGUCGAGAAGCUGAAGAAGUACACCGACCUCGACGAUCAUCUCAAGAUCGCAAUCCGGGAGGAGGCAGAAAGUGAGGACGUUGACCUGGUCGUUGCCGUGUUGAGAUCAGAUCUCAUCGAACCGGGUCUCACGGGCGAGCAGAUCCAGCGACUAUACAAUGCCUACGUCGCGUUCAACAGUGCGGUUGAGAACGUCGAUGAGGAGCUCAAGCAGGGCGCACAGCUGUUCUCGUACCUCAAGACGCUUAUGAAACUGUACACUAGGCAGCGAGACAAGGAGAUGAUGUUGCAUCUUAUCGAAGAGCCUGUUACGCUACAGCUGUUCCGGGAUCUGUUUCAAAUCUUCUACGAGCCUCUCGUCAGAGUGUACAAGUCAGCAAAUGUCUACGGUAGUGUGACGGACUUUGCGGUCUUUAUGGAUGACAUGAUACAGGUUGUCGAGAAGUGCCGCGAGCAAGACGCCUCGGCAGAUCCCAAUCAGACUGUGCAGGCUUUCAUCGACCUUUGCCAGAGGCACGAGCAUAAUUUUUACAAGUUCGUGCAUGAAGUACAUGUGCACGAUAAUGGCUUGUUCACGCAGUUGAUGGGGUGGAUCGAGGGCAUACUGGAAUUCCUUAGAAAGGGACCACACAACGGCGCUCUCGAUAUCAACGCUCUCUUCGAGGGAGCCGCCAGCAACAAGACUAUCGAAAAGGAAGUCGCCAUCAAGGAGAUCAACGCGCUGAUCGCGUGGCAGGAGGCGCGCAAGAAGUGGCACCAGGACAAGACGCGGCAGAAGAUGGCCGCCGACGGCAGCCACGGGCAGCUGGACAUCAUCCCUGGCGGCAUGAACUUCACCAGCGCCGACUUUGGGCUCGACCAGAUGGACCUGGAGGACAUGGGGUACGACGACGACGAUUCUGAGGACGAGGCCGAGGAGGAGGCGCAGGACGAGCUAGAUCCGAUCGAGGCGGAGCGAAGGAGGCGCGCCAAGAGGCAGGACCGGCUGCGGAGGACGGCCGGGGAGCCGGAGAAGCCGGCUGUGAGCGAGGUACAUAAACUCAAGGAGAACUUCCUUGUGAUGCUCAGGCAGGUUCUGGCGGAGUAG